AUACGUCAUCACAUGUUCCCGAAAUAGAAAGAAUAUACUCCAAUUAGUUUACUAAUGUUUUGAUUUUUCGUGCUUGAAAUUUGACAUGUUUGUGUAUUGGACACAACUUGAGCAUACAAUUGAUAAAAUGGAUGUUAAUUAUUACGUAAGCAGGAUAGUAUGAGUGUAUUAUUUGAUGGAAAGUGUAUCCAAUUAGUGAAACAAGUGCUUGCUUAAGAGAAAAUCCAAAAUGGACGCAACCAUAUCGGUGGGAGAGAUUGAUCCGAAUUUUGAGCCUCAAACUAGAGCACGAUCAAAUACAUGGCCGUGCAGACCUGUUGAGGAUUUUGUUGAGGCUCAGCAAGUGUCACCGGCAUCGGAUGAUCCGGGUGUCAUUGAUCAUACAAAGGAUGUUUUAGGGAUCAAACAAAAAACUUCAUCGCGAAGAAAUGCAUGGGGAAAUUUAUCAUACGCCGACCUAAUUACGAAGGCUAUUCAAAGCUCACCUGAGCAGAGGCUAACUCUGUCCCAGAUUUAUGACUGGAUGGUACAAAAUGUCCCUUAUUUCAAGGAUAAAGGGGAUAACACAAGUUCUGCUGGAUGGAAGAACUCCAUUCGACACAACCUUUCACUACACAGCCGGUUCAUGCGCAUUCAAAAUGAAGGAACAGGAAAAAGUUCUUGGUGGGUCAUUAACCCUGAUGCCAAACCUGGGAAGGCUCCAAGACGUCGUGCAGGCAGCAUGGAAACUAAAAGUUUAGAGAAGAAACGGGGAAGAAUCAAAAAGCGUAUCGAGGCAAUAAGGGCGGCUCAGGAAAAUGGCGGUUUAUCUGGAGAAGAAUUACAAGACCUACAUUACAACUUUAACUUGAGUCCGGAAUUCCGCACUCGAGCAGGCAGUAAUGCUAGCAGCUGUGGUCGCUUGUCUCCAAUACAAGCAGCUGUUGAACCCGAUUUACACGAUGGUCAAGUUCCGCCAAUGUCACCCAUUCCAUGGGCAUCAGAACUCGAAACAGAAGAAUUUAGUACAAAUAGUAAUGAGUCAUAUUCACUGGUUGAUUCUUUAGUAGGUGGUCUUAAUAUACAAGAGUCUGCCAACCAAGGUCUUUCAGGUGACAGUAAUGAUAUUGAUAUGAGUAUGAAUUUAAAGCAACAGUUACUUUCUGGUGGCUCUAUGUUACCAUUUAAUUCCCAGAACAACUAUGACAGUCAAGGAUUUUCUCCGCUGCCUGCCCCACCCUCAUAUAACGAUCAUCUGCAACAACAGCAGCAGCAAAAUUCACAGCAGACAACAGUAUUAAAUUUGGAUACAUUAAAUAGCCAAGGGCAAAAUUUUACAACAUUGUCGCCAAAUCGUAUGUAUCAGGAUGCAGGGCUGACGCAGCGUCAGAUUUUACCCCAACAAACCAUGACUAGUCCCGGCUCAACAAAUUUAGGGAUAAAUACACAACUAUCCCCAGCUCGUUCUCCUCAGCUAAGUCCAUCAAAUUACUCCCCGCGGGCACGUUAUGUGCAGUCCCCACAGACAAUUAAACCAUCUCCAGUUCCUUCACCAGUUAAUCAAGUGCCAAUGAAUCACGUACAGCAGCUUCAUCAAACAGGUGGUAUGGGUAGCGGAAGAUCUCUUUUACAGCAGUGCCUCGAAGCCCCGAAUGAUUCAACGGUAUGGGCAGCACUUACACAGCACAUGAGUUCAUCAUCAUCAUAUCAGCCUCAGGUAAGGCCCAUGCAGCCUCUGCAAUUUGGUGGACAGUUUACUUCCGCGUUUACUUCACAGAAUGUUCCAAUGUCAAAUAUUGACAGUAUAAUAAAUAAUAACCAAGUAAAUUCUGUCAGUAGCAUGGGAAACUACACACAGUUGGCACAAUCAAGUGGUAAUACACAAACCGAUGGAGCUCCUGUUCGCAAUGAGAGCAACAUGAGUUUGGAAGAGCAAAUAGACACGAACAGUAUGCUUGAUCUCGAUUAUGAUGUUGAACAACUUCUCCGGCAUGAACUUGCUCUUGAUUCAAAUUUGGAAUUUAAUUUUGGAGACAAUUCACAAAAUGGACCUACCUCAGAGAGUAAUAACCUAGUACGGUAACGUAUAUUGUUAAAUAGUUGGCGACAAGAAUAGAUGGAGGAUUAGAAACUGAAGGAAAAAGGUCGUAUGGAACCUGAAAUGAAUGCUCUGAGAAUUUGACUUUAAUAGCAUUAUCGUUAUAUCAAAGAAACGGAAAUUGCAAAGUGCGGAUAUUCACUCGAUGGAAAAAAUACAGAUUUUGUUGUUGUGAAGAAACUAGUGUACAUAGCGUGAUCAAAAUAUUUUUUGGGUAGUGCUUAUCAGCUUCUGGAUUUUAAGUGCUAGUGCAAUGUAGUGGCCAGUCUUGUUAUAGCAAAGCUUACCCACCCGUUUAUGUUGAUAAUAGACUGGUAUGUUUUUCUUUAUAAGUUGAAGAGGUUUUGCUUAUUUUAAGAAGACACAUUGGAGGAGAGAGAAGGCAACGGUUGUGUAUAACGAAAACAGCGCAGUGUUAAUUUCAUUGCAAUGUAAUUGCCAGUUCUGUUAAAAUGUUUUGAAAGGGAAAGCAAAAAUGAAUUUUUUUUUAAAUUGAAAAUAUAUCGGUCAUUAUUCAUAUGUGUCAUUAACUGUGCAAGUUGGAGAAAAAUAAUGCCAAAAAAGCUUCCAAAUCCUUCAUUUAAUCAUUCACAAUACAUAUAGGUAAAGAUUGUGUGAAAUUUACAUAUAAAUGUACACUGACCAAUGAAAUGGGUGGAGAAUUAAAUUUCUGCUGUAUACAUAUGGAUAUAGGACUUGUAUAGGGAAAUAUUUCUGCUGCAAAUUUCGGAAAUUGGAUUUUUUUUUUUCUCUUAAACUUAACAAGGCUGAUGAUCAUCGCAGAUUCCAGUGACAGACAUGGAAUUGCCCGGAAGGACUCAUUGCAGGUGUAAAACAACCGAAAGAAGCAAAGAAACUAUAUGGUUUUUGUAAAUUCUAAAACAGAACUGCACCAUGCAGUGGAAUAUUUUAGUUUUGUUAACAUAUACUCUGUUUAUAAAUACUGUGGGCUGUGGCAGGCGAUGAAGGACAGGUAAAAGUGUAAAAGUUCUUAUAUUAAAUUUUUAUGUUACUUGUUGAUUGAUUGAUAUUCUUUGCAGAGCUGUUAGAAACAGGUGUCUGGGGGUAAUAUGUUAAUUGUUAUGUUGUUAACUGUUGUUUUCGUUUCUGAUUUUUAUGUAUAGGUUAGAGUGCAUAUUGGGUGUUCUUCGUAAAUAAGAAAGCUAAAAAGGAGCGGAGCUUGCGAAUAUUGCACCUUAGCGCUCUUUGAAACUCAGCUCCGCCCACUUGCGUUUUAUAAUAUAAAACGUCCAGUUUAUAUAAAAUCUGUUCUAUUAAGAUUUGAAACCUGAAUAUUUGAAAAAUCCUCGUCGGUGAUUGGCUUAAAAAAAUUGGCGAGCACUAAACAUUAUUAAUGAAGUAUGUAACAAAUAUGAAUUGAAUUUUAAGUACCAGUAUAAAAAUAACUUAAGUACAUUAGUUAGUACCUGUAAAAGAAAUGAGUUGGUAAAAAAUUCAUUUAAAAUCCAUUUUAGUAUUUGCUGGCACUUUGAAAUUUGGUAAGAAACGUGGCAUGGGUUGAAAACAUAAACUUUAAAAAUGUUGUUUUAUCAUUGAAAGUUAACUGUUGUUCAUGCAUAUUACAUUAUAAUAGUUUUAAUUAUGUUUGUUUGUUGAUAAUUGUUUUUGCCUGUAUAAGGAAUACAUGGAAGUUAUUAGAAACUAUCCUGACAUUUCUAUCAUUUGUUUGAAGAUCAUUUCAUUUUGUGUUUGUUUUGAAUCUGUAUUUUGUUAAGUUGUCUUUGUUAUAUAAAUAGCUUUAUUUUUUAGUAAUAAUUAAGAAAUAUUAAGUUUCUACCCCAUAUGAUAAUAAUGGUAUUGGCCAAGUACAUGUAAGCAUAAGGAUAUUUGUACGAAGGCAAGUUCACUUUAAAGGAUGAUAGGAUAAGCAGCAAUAAAAGUUUGUCCGUGUUACUAAUAUAAAGUUUUUAUUUUAUUUUUUUAAAUCAAAAUUUAAGAUUUUCUGUUUUAUUUAAGUGUGAUAAAGGGGUAACUCACAAAAUCUUAUAUCGAGGGUCUACAGCAAAACUACAGUAACUUAUCUGAAAUUAACAAGGAUUAACAACAGUACUGCGGUCAACCCUCAAUAUCGAUAUUAAGACUGGCCCUGUUUUAUUCUUGUUAUUGCUGAAAAUUCCCCCUGAAUAUUUACAUAUACAUUUAUCGGUGGGAAACAUGAUAAAAGUACCUUUUUUACCUGGUGUUUCGUUAAUGAAGCAACUUUUAAUUGGUGAGAUAUGAUUUCUUCACAAGGUCAGCAUUUAUUUACAAUUCUCUUAAUGCUCAGCUUAAUUAGAUAACAAAUGUGUCAGCAUUUUUAUCAUGUAAUAUAAUACAUGGUAAUGUAUAUGUAUCUAUAAUUAAUACAAAAAAUUCUGUCUGGAGUCUCAUUAAAAAUGAGAAGGUGUACAUGUAAGAUUAAUACACUGUAAUAUACUUACAUGAAAGAUGAAGUUUGGUUAACAAAAUGUCUUGGUGUUUUGAUAUAUGACUAUGUGCAUGCCUGAAAGGUUGCAUUACUUUUUAGUAUGGUAUGUUUUAGGUUAUAAUAAUGGUACUUUAAUUGAUUUAGUAUCAAGAAAUGGG